UGGUGGGGGUGGGGACAGGCUCCGGGCCUGGCAUCCCGGUAGCCGCAGCUGUCUUUUCCGGCCCCCGUGCGCUCUCCGCCCGAGGCGGAGCCCCCCGGCUCGCGGGGAUCCCCCGAGCGCUGCGUCCUGCGGGUGGGUCACCUAACCCAUUUGUGUCUUCCUCUACCUGUGCUCAGCCAUGGCCAGUGAGAGCUCACCUCUGCUGGCCUACCGACUCCUGGGGGAGGAGGGGACUGCCCUCCCUCUCAAUGGGGCCGGGGCUCCUGGAGGGGCAUCUGCCCGGAAGCUGUCCACCUUCCUGGGUGUGGUGGUGCCCACUGUCCUGUCCAUGUUCAGCAUAGUUGUUUUUCUGAGGAUUGGGUUCGUGGUGGGCCAUGCUGGGCUGCUGCAGGCCCUGGCCAUGCUGCUGGUUGCCUACUUCAUCCUGGCGCUCACCGUCCUUUCUGUCUGUGCCAUCGCCACCAAUGGAGCCGUGCAGGGGGGCGGAGCCUACUUCAUGAUCAGCCGCACACUGGGGCCCGAGGUCGGGGGCAGCAUUGGGCUCAUGUUCUACCUGGCUAACGUCUGUGGCUGUGCCGUCUCCCUGCUGGGACUGGUGGAGUCUGUGCUUGACGUCUUCGGGGCCGAUGCCACAGGGCCCAGUGGGCUCCGGGUCCUGCCCCAGGGCUACGGCUGGAACCUGCUGUAUGGCUCCCUGCUGCUGGGCCUUGUGGGUGGGGUCUGCACCCUGGGAGCUGGCCUCUACGCCAGGGCCUCAUUCCUCACAUUCCUGCUGGUCUCCGGCUCCCUGGCCUCUGUGCUUAUCAGCUUUGUGGCUGUGGGGCCAAGGGACAUCCCCUUGACCCCUCGGCCUGGCCCCAAUGGCUCCUCCCUGCCACCCCGGUUUGGCCACUUCACCGGCUUCAACAGCAGUACCCUGAAGGACAACUUGGCUGCUGGCUACGCUGAGGACUACACCACAGGAGCCAUGAUGAAUUUUGCCAGCGUCUUUGCUGUCCUCUUUAACGGCUGUACAGGCAUCAUGGCUGGGGCCAACAUGUCAGGGGAGCUGAAGGACCCCAGCCGGGCGAUCCCUCUGGGCACGAUCGUCGCUGUCGCCUACACCUUCUUCGUCUAUGUCCUGCUUUUCUUCCUCUCCAGCUUCACCUGUGACAGGACCCUGCUGCAGGAAGACUAUGGGUUCUUCCGUGCCAUCAGCCUGUGGCCCCCACUGGUGUUGAUUGGAAUCUAUGCCACCGCGCUCUCAGCAUCCAUGAGCUCGCUCAUCGGCGCCUCCCGCAUCCUCCAUGCCCUGGCCCGGGAUGACCUCUUUGGAGUGAUCUUGGCGCCGGCCAAGGUUGUGUCCCGGGGCGGAAACCCCUGGGCGGCUGUACUGUAUUCUUGGGGCCUGGUGCAGCUGGUGCUCCUGGCCGGGAAGCUGAACACGCUGGCUGCCGUGGUCACUGUCUUCUACCUGGUGGCCUAUGCUGCUGUGGACCUGUCCUGCCUGAGCCUGGAGUGGGCCUCGGCCCCCAACUUCCGCCCCACCUUCAGCCUGUUCUCCUGGCACACCUGCCUGCUGGGGGUGGCCUCCUGCCUGCUCAUGAUGUUCCUCAUCAGCCCUGGUGCGGCCGGUGGCUCCCUGCUCCUCAUGGGUCUCCUGGCUGCCCUGCUCACCGCGCGAGGAGGUCCCAGCAGCUGGGGCUAUGUCAGCCAGGCCUUGCUUUUCCACCAGGUGCGUAAGUAUCUGCUCCGGCUGGACGUCCGGAAGGAUCACGUGAAGUUCUGGCGGCCCCAGCUGCUGCUCCUGGUGGGGAACCCCCGGGGCGCCCUGCCUCUGCUGCGGUUGGCCAACCAGCUUAAGAAGGGGGGGCUCUACGUGCUGGGCCACGUCACCCUGGGAGACCUUGGUGAGCUGCCCUCCCACUCAUUCACUCACUCCCAUCCUUCUUUCCCCCUACCUUUUUUUCCCGCACACAUGACCCCGGAAGCGCACAAGGAUGCGAGAGCUGUGAUGGGCAAGGACGCUGUGGAGGAGCAAGUGAAGUUCUCAGCUUUUAGCACUGAAGGCCACCGGGGUUAUCUUAUGCUCAGUCACUGCCUUCUCCCCUUAAUCCCUGGGACCCAGUACCUGUCACCAAAGGUGCAUGCUUCCGCAUUCUCAGUUCAUGAGUUCUGGCUGAAGUUCCAACCAGUGUUGGACAUUGGCCGCAGUCAAGCCUUCCCCACUCUGCCCCCAGGUGGCAUGAAGCCCAACACGUUGGUCCUGGGUUUCUACGAUGACGCCCCACCGCAGGACCAUUUCCUGACGGACCCGGCUUUCUCUGAGCCUGCAGACAGUACCAGGGAGGGCAGUUCCCCAGCUCUGAGUACCCUGUUCCCUCCUCCCCGGGCUCCUGGGAGCCCCCGGGCUCUCAGUCCCCAGGACUACGUGGCCACGGUGGCCGAUGCCCUCAAGAUGAACAAGAAUGUGGUGCUGGCUCGGGCCAGUGGGGCCUUGCCCCCUGAGCGGCUGAGCCGGGGGUCUGGGGGCACCUCUCAGCUGCACCACGUGGACGUGUGGCCCCUCAACCUGCUGCGGCCCCGGGGUGGGCCCGGCUACGUGGACGUCUGCGGCCUCUUCCUACUGCAGAUGGCAACCAUCUUGGGCAUGGUGCCCGCUUGGCAUAGCGCCCGGCUCCGGAUCUUCCUGUGCCUGGGGCCUAGGGAGGCGCCUGGGGCGGCCGAGGGGCGGCUGCGGGCGCUGCUGAGCCAACUGAGGAUCCGGGCUGAGGUGCAGGAGGUGGUGUGGGGCGAGGGGGCUGGGGCUGGGGAACCCGAGGCGGAGGAGGAAGGGGACUUUGUGAACAGUGGGCGGGGAGAUGUGGAGGCAGAGGCCCUGGCACGCAGCGCCAACGCCCUGGUUCGGGCCCAGCAGGGGCGUGGCACAGGAGGAGGGCCGGGUGGGCCGGAGGGUGGGGAUACCGAGGGCCCCACCACAGCCCUCACCUUCCUGUACUUGCCUCGGCCGCCCGCCGAUCCCGCCCGCUACCCCCGAUACCUGGCGCUACUGGAGACUCUAACCCGAGACCUGGGCCCCACGCUGCUGGUUCACGGGGUCACCCCAGUCACCUGCACUGAUCUCUGAUGCCCCUGCCUCCAGGGCUGGGUAGAGAGGGCCCAGGCAGGUGGCCCAUCCCGAUCCUGAGGAGGAGGAGAAGGAAGAGGAGGAGGGAUCCUGAGGAGGAGGAGGAGGAAGAGGAGGAGGAGGAGGAGGAGGAAAGCACUGUGUCCCGUGGCCCUGCCCUUGGGACGUGGAGCCCAGGGGAGGUUUGAAGGGGAUCAUGCCACCUCCUUUGGCAGAGGGACUCCAGCACACUAACUCUGGGCGCCUGUCCCGACCGUGCAGGGGAGGGAGUCCGCAGCCUCCCUUCACUGGUGCCUUGAUGCUAGGGGCCAGGCCUCCGUGACUCUGGGCUACCUCAGUUUUCCCAUUUUGGCCAGACUCACCGGCCCACUGGGGUGGUGAUGUUUUCGUUCUGUUUUAUUUUUCUAACUCUGCUGACCAUGAAUAAAAGACCAAAACACUA